AAGAUAUUAAUUUAUAAACUAUGACCAGCGCUUCGGUCGAGAUUAAUGGUUGGCCCAUAUGGUAUGAGAAGCGUGGCACUGGACCCAUACCGGUGCUGAUGAUACCGGGAGCAUUAGGCUCAGGACUAAGCGAUUUCUAUGAACAACUGGACGGCGAUGAGGCACUGGAUCUGCAAAAGUAUACAUUAAUCGCUGUGGAAGCGCCCGGUUGGGGCCGAUCGCGACCACCGGUUAGACCGUACGGCAGCAAUAUCUACGAUAACGAUGCCGAGUGUUUUCAUAAGUUAAUGAAUCACUUAGGUUACGAUAAAUACUAUUUGAUUGGUUGGUCUGAUGGUGCAAUUGUCGGCCUAUGGAUGGCCUGCAAAUAUCCCGGUUCAAUCCAGCGUAUGGUCAUUCACGGUGUACUGACAUUUUUGUAUCCGCGAACACUGGCCGUACUCAAGUCGACCCGCAAUGUCGAGAGCUGGGGUCAGGAGAAGCACGACUGCUAUCUGAGAACCUAUAAGAGCAAAGAGGAACUACAGAAUCUAUGGGACAGACAUCUACGGUAUUGCGAUUAUUUUAAUUCAUACUUUCCGAUGGACACCAAUGUUGAUCAUUAUAAAAAAGUCAAUUUCCCGAUACUUGUCAUACAUGGAGAUAGGGAUCCGAUCAGUACGUUAGAGCACCCGGAGUAUGUCAUCAAACAUAUUAAAUCGGCAAAAUUGAAACGUUUUCCCAAUGGUAACCAUGACUUACAUAUAAGAUAUUCAGCUUCAUAUAAACGAAUAGUCGAAGAAUUUUUUGCUAAUUAAACUUAAUUGUUUUUUUAAUGAAAAAAAAAUGAUAAUUGACAUUGAUCAUUUUAAUAAAUUUAUAAAUAAUC